GCCUUGGAAAGAGCACUAGGAAGAAGCCUCUAUGUUUUCCCAAGAGCUCAGCAUGAAUAGAAUUGUCGUGUACGACAAGCCCAAUUUUGAGGGCCUCAGCAAAGAAUUCACCUGUGAUGUCCCUGACCUGCAUGAAUUAGAUUUUGGGGAUUGUAUCUCCUCCUUGAAGGUGAGAGGGCAGCCCUGGGUGGCCUACAAGCUCUCUAAGUUUGAAGAGGACGGCGUUGUUUUUGAGGAAGGGGAUUAUACUGAGAUUGACAACAACAACAGGAUUUCAUCCUUCCGGCUAGUUCACCAAGAUCUCUCUGACCCCCAAAUUACACUGUAUGAACAUCCUAACUAUGAAGGUCAAAGCAAGGUGGUGAAGGAGGAGACCAACCUCACUUACGGUUACUUUAACGACCGUGUCUCCUCCCACGUGGUGCAGAGGGGCGUCUGGCUGCUCUACAAAAAUCCAAACCGUGGUGGAUGGUAUCACAUUGCCUGGCCAGGGGAACGCAUUCAUGACUAUAAAACCGAGAUCAACUUUGAUGAUAGCGUAUCUCAUUUGCAGCCCCUGAAACCGGGCCGCCCAAUCAUUAACGCCAAGCUGCUGUGGGAUCAAAAGAAAGUGGAAGCUGAGCAGGAUGUUCUGAUUGAUGAGAUUGUGGGAACCAACUGCACCGAAUACGAACAAGCGUUCACCACCAACUCCACUCGAGAAUAUACUGCCACGGUAUUCCAGAGCUUCCAUUUCAGCAACACCACUUGCCUAAGAGUCGGCUUUGCUUUCCAGGUGACCUUGGAUUGUUCCAAUAUAUUUAUAGUGGAGAAAGGGAAAAGUGAGUCCACCACCACUGCUGAGAAGGUAGAGGUCCUCCUGCCUGCCAAAAUCCCUCCAUGCACUGAACUUUCCAUACAGGUGAUCAAGAAGGAGACCACCACCUCAGUGCCGGUAGAGCUCACCAUCAGUCAGAAUGGCAAAGAAAAAAAGGAGAAUGCUGAAUACCGCUGUGUUUCAGGCCGUACCAUUAGCACCAGGUAUACCAUGAAGCCUGUCCCAGCAGCACCAGGCACUUCCCAAACUAAGCCAAAAGACGCAUGACAGGGAAGGAAUACGACUAUGUUAAUUCUCAGACGUGGAUAGAUCUAAGAGAACAUUUUCAAGCACAGCCUAGGCCAGGGAUGAGCAAAAGAGCUUAAGUUGUUUCUGAUUAAACUCUUUUCAGAUUGAUGGUCUUGUGGUUGCAUGUACUUCCAUACUGAGAAGGAAGAGAAAAACAACAGUCUGCUUUCUCCUAGAUGUGGUGAUGGUUUCUCUCUUUAAAUAAUUAGGUUACAGGGAUAUAAUUAGGUUUAGAACUAAUAGUUUAAUGCGGAUGACAAUUUAUAUAGAAAAAACAUGAACCCUCUCUCGAAGAUAUAUGAACUACCUGGAAAAUCGAGAAUGGAUGUAAUAAUUUUUCCUCAGUUUGAACAGUUCCUGCUAUUCUUAGUAUUGAACAUCAUAAAACAGCAGAAUUAAAAGCUCUACAAAGUUAUCUGUAUUUAUCAGUAAGGGGAGGAAGCAGUGGUUUGUUUUAUUUAUCUGAUGAAAUUGAAUUUUAAAGGAAUAAACAGUU